GAGCGCAACUCGGCUCCAACUCUAAUCCACGCAAGGUAAUCUUGGUGACGCGACAGAUCAGCAUUUUCAUAUUGCACUGCCAUGCAUGAAUCGUAAAUUGCUAACUUCUUCUCGAUGAAAUAAUGGUGGCGCGAUAGAUCAACAUUUCAUUAUUGCACCGCAGAGUGCUAACUUCUUCCAGUGAAAUUUAUAAGCGUCCCAAUCUGACUGCUUUUUCAUUUCCAUAAACCGGCAAGUCUUGUGCAUCUAAAUCACUCGGGGAGUCGGAUCCGGUCCCCAAGAGCGCACCUCUUGCUCUUCUGAUUCCUGGAGUCCUCUGAGUGCUCGUGUGGUGGUUCAUGUGAUCUACUCACUGGUUCCGUGUGGUAAACCACAGUCCUUCAAGUUGGGCGUUAAUGAUUCCCAUUUCCUCUAUAUAAGCCGUGCCUGGACCGACCUGCAUGUAAUACCCUGCUCUACAAUCUUGACUACCAUCAUAUGCUUGCCCAAAUCCUAUCAUCCCUUAGCGGGCCUAUCCGUCCCACCCGAACGGAGGGUAUCGCCCAUGCUCGAGCUUGGAUUGUGGCAUACGAGAACUGGGAUCUGGAACUGAUGUACAAUCUUACAACCUCACUCAAAGACCUUACAUACUCGUAUCUCCCUGCAUCAGCCGGUAUUCCGCCCAAGUCGACGAAGGAGUGGCAAAGCUACAAUCGAACCAUGAAAAAGAUGAUACCAGACUUGAAGCUUGAGGUGUUGGACAUUUAUGAGUGCAACGGAUGUGUUGUUGCGCAUCUUGUUGGCCGCGCAACUUCACGCUCGGGGGCACCAUUCCUUCAAGAAUAUGUGUUGUUCAUCCACUGUCGGUACGAAUAUGACACCUCUCGCAACGAAAGCAGCAUCAAGGUCCACAAGGUAGAAGAAUUCAUCGAUACCCGCGUUUCCAGCACGUUUUUCGCAGCAGAAAAGGAGAAAACCAAGGGUAAAUUGGACGGGAAGGGGUCCGGAAACGUCUUGCGUCCGGCUUCCGCAUCUGCGCCGGGUGACCGCAAGCAUGAUUUGAGCAAGCUUUGACUUGCAAUUCUGAGUCUUCGUCCAAUGCUUAUCGCCUUCUAACGCUAAGGCAGCCUUCUCAUUGUACAUAUUUAUUGCCC